GAUAAUGGGAAGAUCGCCUUGCUGUGACAAAAAUACCCUCAAGAAAGGUCCAUGGACCCCGGAAGAAGACGCGAAGCUCACGCACCACAUUCAGAUGCAUGGCCCUGGAAAUUGGAGAACCCUUCCUAAAAUUGCUGGUCUUGAAAGAUGUGGGAAGAGUUGUCGGCUUCGUUGGACUAAUUAUCUAAGGCCAGAUAUCAAGAGAGGAAGAUUUUCUUUUGAGGAAGAGGAAACCAUAAUCCAACUCCAUAGUGUUCUUGGCAACAAGUGGUCUGCAAUCGCGGCACGUUUGCCAGGAAGAACGGAUAACGAAAUAAAGAAUUACUGGAACACACACAUUAGAAAGAGGCUCCUACGAAUGGGAAUCGACCCGGUGACUCAUGCCCCUCGUCUCGACCUAUUAGACCUUUCAUCGCUUCUCGUUAAUUCGCCUCAACUCAAUAAUUUAUCGAAUCUUAUUUGCCUCCAAACAAUUAUGAAUCCAGAAGCACUAAGAGUUGCUCUUACUCUUAUUUCACCACAAAAUGAAAACCAAUUAUUAAAUUAUCAGAAUCAGCAUCAGCAUCAGUUUCAGAAUCAGGCUCCAUCAGUUAUCCAGCCUAAUCAGUCGUCGUUUGAUAAUAUUAUCACCCAACAAAUCCCAUCAAAUAAUCCCACCACUUCUUCAUUCAACAAUCAGUCUCAAUCCUUGCAAGGUGAUUAUUUGAGCAGUAGCCCACAUUUUCCUGUGGGCCCCACAAACUCAACCUACCAAUUAUUAUUUCAAGAUAAUAAUUGUGCAACUAUUAAUAAUGCUCAUAAUAAUAAUAAUAAUGCAAGUACUAAUGAUCAAAGUCUUGACACUUAUUUACCAAUCUGCCAUGGAAUAUCUGAUCAAAUGAAAGUGGAUUUGUCGUCGUCGUCGCCUUCGGAGAAUUUCGGAUUCGAUUCGGUUUUGUCUUCAACGCCUCUCUCUAGCCCGGCUCCUCCCAAUACGACGAGCUCAGCCGUCGGCCUUACGAUCAAUGGCACCACAGAAGAUGAGAGAGAAAGCUUUUGUAGUAACCUAUUGAGGUUUGAAAUUCCUGAGGGUUUUGAUUAUUUUGAUGAUUUCAUGUAAGAAAAAGAUUGAAAGUUGUUUUAUUUAUUUA